GAAUUAAAAGAAUUUAGCAAAUUGCUUUUCCGUUGCAGUUGAAUUGCACAACAUGGCGGGCCGUUUUGGUGGUUUACACAUCAGCUUACCAGGAUUGGGAACCAUUUUACUACGUCCGCCAGCAGCGACAACAAGAACACCAACACCAACAACGUCCAAUCUGCCACCUAUCUAUCAAGAUGGGCAGGCGGUAGCCGACGUCAGCGGCCAGCUAUCCAAGUGGAACGGGCUAUCGUCGUCCAGCAGCAAUGGUAGCGGAGGCAAUAAUAAUGGCUCGGGCGGCAACGCAGGAUCGGAUUCCAACGAAGACUCCGUUAUCAACACAACAACGGCGACUCCGCAUCAUCAGCAAUUCGACGACAUGGCAAUUGUCAAGCCUUCCUAUCCCAGCAUCCAUAUGAACAUGGAGGAUUACAUGUCUGAAACCGAACGAAGUAAUCAGGUGGGUGACUACGCACAGCUGAGGACCUUCUUCUUGACCUGUUUCCACUCGUAUGCCUCCAUCUGCGCUACAUUUAAGCGCGUUCCCGACAAUGGCGGUGACAACGCGCACGACCCAGAAUUGCGGAUGGAUUUUCUGAAUUGCGUCUACGAUUCGCUUUCGUCUAUGCCAAAUGCAGUCCACAAAACUGCGUUGCGGUCAAUCGUCCACGCGCUGCUCGAGGAAGGCAGAAAAUUGCAUUCCAAGGACGAUGUCAGGGCCUUGUUUAUCUUGCUCCAAUGUCCGCUCUUCUCCAGCCCGUCUGCGUAUUCCGUCUAUUCGCACUUGCUACGUCAAAUUCUCGGCUUGAGCAACAGCGACCAUCAUCUCUUUGUUCACUGGUUAAAAAUACUGGAGCCUAAUCGAUUUCGGAACAUCGUGAGACAUUUACUACAGUUUAUCAGCAUCCGGCAGUUCCCUGCUGGAGAGAGAGGCCUACCAGCUCCCACUCGAUCUCGUUGGUGGAUCCCAACAGCUGUGCGAAUUUUGGCCUUGUUAAACGCAAGCAAUAACAACACCAGCAGUACAGCACCGUUGAUUUCCUACACCGAGUUCUACAACAGCACACUGGACCAUAUCGACCUUAUGAAAGAGUACCUGACAUGGCAAAGUCCAGACCAGCCUGGUCAAUUCUCUUAUUGUCAGUAUCCGUUCAUCUUGAGCAUUGCAGCGAAACGUUUCAUCCUAACAAAAGAUUCAGAGCAGCAGAUGAUACUGACGGCCAGGCGCUCUCUCGUCUCGAAAAUGUCGCGAAAUCAGCCGCCCAGGUUGGAGCUCUUCUUCCUCAACAUUCACGUCCGGCGCUCCUAUUUGGUCCUCGACUCUCUCAACGAGAUAUCGAUCAAACAGCGGGAUCUGAAGAAGAAGUUGCGAGUGUCCUUCGUCGGUGAGCCUGGACUGGACAUGGGUGGAUUGACCAAGGAGUGGUUUCAACUUCUCAUCCGAGAAAUCUUUCAGCCCGACUACGGCAUGUUCAUCUACUACCCGAACGCUCGCUGUUAUUGGUUCAGCACGUCGACGGAAACCAACCUGAAAGAGUACAAUCUCAUCGGAGUUCUCAUGGGCCUAGCUGUUUACAACAGCAUCAUUUUGGAUUUACAUUUCCCGUCUAUCUGCUACCGCAAAUUGCUGUCGCCACCAGUCGUGCCUGCCAAUCACAGCGCCCGAGUUGGUGUAGUGCGCAACUUUAAUUUGGACGACUUAGCUCAGUUUAUGCCCGAGGUCGUCUUCGGACUGAAAGAGUUGCUGGCCUACGAGGGCAACGUCGAGGAAGAUAUGGGGCUCACGUUCCAGGUAUCUUUUGGUGAAUAUAACGAGGUUGUGACGGUGCCAUUGUUGGAAAACGCUCACCGUGUGCCUGUUACCAACGCCAACCGCAAUGAAUUUGUCCGGCUUUACCUUGAUUGGAUCCUCAACAAGGGCAUCUACGAAAAAUUUCGCGCCUUCUAUCUCGGAUUCCAUUCCGUCUGUGCCUCCAAUGCUCUCAUCAUGCUCCGUCCGGAAGAGGUGGAAAUUCUCGUUUGCGGUUCGCCAAAACUGGAUCUGCGCGAGUUGCAGAAGAACACGGAAUACGACGGCUACAAAGCGGGAGACCGCGUCAUCAAAGACUUUUGGGACGUGCUCUUCGAAUUGUCGCCCGAAAUGCAGAAACGAUUUUUACGCUUCGUUACGGGAACAGACCGAGUUCCAGUAGGUGGCAUGGCAGAAAUGAGUUUCAAAAUCACUCGACUACGGGAUCGACCCGCCUUCUUACCUUCAGCGCACACAUGCUUUAAUCAGCUCGUUUUACCUGAUUAUCCUGACAAGGAAACACUCCAACAGAAGCUCUUCAUCGCUUUAUCAAACGCUGAAGGAUUCGGUUUGGAGUGAAAUUGAAGGCAUUCAUCAUACAUUGCAUCAUAAACGUUCGUAAACCGUACAUUUGAAUGUUACGCAAACAAAUUUGCAGUCGGUGUAGCGGAAAUGACGAUGCCUAACUUUUCAAUAUCCGUGUUUGAAUAGGGACUAUAUACGAAAUUGAUACGUUCAUUCAUAUAUUUUUCCUCCUCUUUGUAUU